AGUCCAGUACCAACUCUUAAUUUACCAUUCGGCGAUUUGAAGUGCUUAUCCAUCACAACCCGUGUCGCCAUGAGUACCUUGUCCCAGCGCAGUUAUUCCUCCGGCCGUCCCUCCUCUGCCUCUCUCUACGGAUACUCAUCUCGAAUUGGCAUGUCAAGGGCACCAAGUGUCUAUGGAGGUGCAGGGGGGCAAAGCGUCCGUGUGUCCUAUGCUUCGGGCUCAAGGGGCGGCUUUGACUUGUCCAGCGCGGCCGGAGGGAACAAUGCCGCCAACGAGAAGGCUACCAUGCAGAACCUGAAUGACCGUCUGGCCACCUACCUGGACAAGGUCCGCUCUCUGGAGACUGCUAAUGCCAAGCUCGAGUUUCAAAUCCGCGAAUGGUAUGAAAGGAAAUCUCCCAUCGUCAAUGACUACAGCAAAUACCAGGCUAUUAUUGCUGACCUGCGCAAAAAGAUCAGCGUUGCUUCCUUGGACAACGCCAGGAUCCUCCUCAUGAUUGACAAUGCAAAACUGGCCGCUGAAGAUUUCAAACUCAAGUAUGAGAACGAAAUGUCAAUGCGCAUGUCGGUGGAGGCAGAUAUCGCAGGACUGAGGAAGGUUCUGGAUGAGCUCACCAUGUCCCGGUCCGACCUGGAGAUGCAGAUCGAGGGCCUGAAGGAGGAGCUUCUCUAUCUCAAGAAGAACCACGCUGAGGAGAUGGACUCCAUGCGCGCCGCCCUGAGCUCCAGCACGGUCAACGUGGAGGUGGACGCCGCGCCCCAGGAGGACAUGGCCCGCGUGAUGGAUGAGAUCAGGACCCAGUACGAGGGCAUCGUGGAUAAGAACCGUCGCGAAAUGGAGGCCUGGUACAAGGUCAAGUUUGAUGAGCUGAACAAGGUGGUGACAAGCAACACACAGGAACUCCAGAUGGCCCAACAAGAGCUCAGCGAGCUGAAGAGGACCUUCCAGAGUCUGGAGAUCGAACUACAAUCCCAGAUUAACCUGAGAUCCGCAAUGGAGGGCCAGCUGACCGAAACACAGAACAGGUACAACAGGCAACUGAGCCAGCUCCAGAUCACGGUCAACAGCCUGGAGACCGAACUCGGGAAGAUGAAGAUGGACAUUGAGAGGCAGGCCUGCGAGUACAAGAUGCUGCUGGACAUCAAGACCAGGCUGGAGAUGGAGAUCGCCGAGUACAGGAGGCUGCUGGACGGAGAGGACGUGAGCCAAUGCGUGGUCAUAAAGAAGGUCGAGGUUGUGAAACAGGCACCCGUGAUCACCAAGAGGGUCAGGACAGUCGUCGAGGAGGUGGUUGACGGAAAGGUGGUCUCUCGCACAGAGGACGUGGAUGUGGCAGUUGUCAGCAAGUAGAGAUGCCCACCCUGGCCCCCCCACCACCACCACCACCACCCAAUAUUGUCCCCCUGACUUGACCCAUGCCUCCAUUCCUAAAUGUGGACCCACAGAUGGAUAACUUCCCAGUAACAUCAAGAAUAUUUAAUUUAAGACUAUUAUAUUUCAAACCAAAACUACUCCUAAACAGCUGUUAUCUUGCCUGACUUUGGCUACACCACUGAUACUCAUUUGUACUUAUCUUAGAUAAGAUACCCUACCAAAAUGUCCAGCAUAAAAAAAACACAAUAAAGAAGCGGUACGGCAUAUGUUUA